CCUAACUAGGGGUAUGUGCCUGUAAAUAUAGCUGAGUCCUGGCAAAUCCCAGCAGCCGCACUUUAACCAUUCAUACACUGCUGAGUGUUCAAAGUGUGUUCGGCUAAGGCAAAUGCUGACCUGUAAUCAACCUGGCUGUUUAUGUACCUCACUUCCGAGUUCUGGACAUCACUUCCCUUUUUUUUUUUUUUUUUUUUUUGGUCUAUAAAUAUUCUUCCACCACAUGGCUGCACUGCAGUGUCUGAAUCUCCUGUGAUUCUUGGGGCUGCCGGAUUCGCGAAUUGUUCACUGCUCUAUUAAACUCCUUUAAAUUUAAUUCAGCUGAAGUUUUUCUCUUAACAUUCCAAAUAAUAAAAUGGUCUUUCUACCAAUACACUUCAUUAAAUCUUCACACAGUUACAUUUUCUCUUCAGUUGCAUUGUCUAUAGGUUGAUUUUGCUAUAUAUUUAACGCAAAUAACAAAGCAACAUCUAUACUUUUAAAAAGUGAGUGACACAUACACACAUUCUGUUUCUCCCACAAUCACGCAAACACCCACGCAUAUCCCUAACAAGGUACAAGAAUAAACCUUGGAAGAUUCAUAUUUUGCUCAGCACCUCUCACCUUAAAUCCUCUAACACAAAAAUUUUACCAGCUUAAUCAUUUGGAAGAGGAAAAGAGGAACUACAUCUACAUCUUCAAAAUGGACACAAUUUAUGUGAAACAACAUACAGAGAAAACUUAUCCAUAAAAUUUCUUCGUGUUUUUCAGUUUAAAAACACAUUAAUAAUUACCUUGAGAAUAAGUUAAAGUACACAUUUCCAGAAACAGCAACCAGUAAGCUCAUUUCCACAGUACUCAAAAUCAAGAGGCAAACUAAAUGCAUCUUGUAAGAUGACCCAAAAAAAUAAAAUCAGUAAUAAUUUAGCCAUUUAAAGUUAUAGUUAUAAAGCUAAUUUUGCAUUCAAGUGACAAAACCCUAUCUACCAUCAAAAACCAAAAUGUAGCCAAAUACCUUCACAUACAGCUUUUCCUUUUUUUAACCCAUUUAUGCCGAAGGUUGCAAAAAUUUUUUUGUGAAAAGUCAGACCUUGGCAAUGACCUGGAGCAGGAUAUAAAUAACUCCCACAAGCUUAGUGUUCCAAUAAUGGAACACUAGGCAUAAAUGGGUUAAUGAGACAAAGUCUUGCUCUGUUGCCCAGGCUGGAACACCAGUGUGACCAUAGCUCACUGUUGCCUUGAACUUUCAGGCCCAUGCAAUCCCUCUGCCUCAGCCUCCCAAGUAGGUGGGACUACAGGCAGGUACUGCCACACUCAGCUAGUUUUUAAAAUUUUUUUGAAGAGACAAGGUCUUGCUAUGUUGUACAGGCUCAUCUCGAACUCCUGACCCCAAGUGAUCUUCCCACCUCAGCCUCCCAAAGCACUGGGAUUACAGAUGUGAGUCACUGCACCUGGCCCUUACACAGUUCUUAAAAGUGAAUUCCAGAUAAACAGAUAUACACAUGCACAGCAAUAACAGUCUGCACACAAAGACCACUCAAUGGGGAAAUUACAGCCUCUUCAACAAAUGGUGCUAAGACAACUGGGUAACCACAUGCAAAAAAAUGAGGUUGGACUCCUCCCUCCUCAUACCUUAUACAAAAAUAAACUUAAAAUCGACAAAUAGCCUUUCCGGCAGUGACAACCUACCCACACGAGAACAUGCCUCUCGCAAAGGAUCUCCUUCAUCCCUCCCCAGAAGAGGAGAAUAGGAAACACAAGAAGAAACGCCUGGUGCAGAGCCCCAAUUCCUUCUUCAUGGAUGUGAAAUGCCCAGGAUGCUAUAAAGUCACCACGGUCUUUAGCCAUGCGCAAACCGUAGUUUUGUGUGUUGGCAGCUCCACUGUCCUCUGCCAGCCUACAGGAGGAAAAGCAAGGCUUACAGAAGGAUGUUCCUUUAGGAGGAAGCAGCACUAAAAGCACUCUGAAUCAAGAUGAGUGGGAAACCAUCUCAAUAAACACAUUUUGGAUU